GAACUCGAUACCAGUACACAAGAAUUACAACUGCACCUCCUGAGAAUUAUCUUUACACUGAUUUGUAUCCAACUAGCAACAUUGCCACUCCCGCAAUGCAGUGACGAGUGAAAUGCCGAUUCGCCCUUUUGGAUCCUUGAAUAUCAAUACUUCCAUCCCGGCAUUGGGUUUAUACCUUACCCCGGAACCGGAGCAGCCUAUACGACCCCUCUGCCCGCCACGAGAGAAAAAGCAUCGCUGUCUAUUGUCCUCUACAGACCUAACUCGCUCUAUUAAUCUUUCUGGGCAAUUGUCGUGCGGAAAAUCUCCCUCUGCAAUUCCACCACGGGUUUCGCCAUGACCCAAAACAUUGAGCCCAAACACUCCGUAAGAGACCAAGAUGAUGAGAUCGACGACGACGAUUUGUUGAAGGCCUUGGAGAACGAAGAUGACUCUGACUAUCGGGCCCGACGUAUCGAACAACUCAACGCCGAGCUUGCAUCCGCCCAAAACAACCGGUCAAUGGCCCCUGGCCCUGGCCAGACGACAAUCAUCCAAGAUAGCCUAUACCCAACUCUUGAAAAUGACCAGAUAUUGCUCAACUUCACAACGGAUACGCAUCGAUGUGUGAUCCAUUUUGCACACCCUGAUUUCGCGCGCUGUGGCACCAUGGAUGAACAUAUGCGGGCUUUAGCAACACGGCAUUACGAUGUGCGAUUUGCCCGUGUCGAUGUUAGGGAUACUCCGUUCGUGGUGGAAAAGCUGAAGAUACGCGUUCUCCCUUGUGUGAUCGGGUUUAAAGAUGGAAUUGCUGCUGAGCGUGUAGUUGGCUUUGAAGGCCUUGCUUUGGGCGGGCGUGAUGGGACCGACAGCUUCAGCACGGCAACUCUUGAAAAGAGGCUGUUAUGGAAAGGUGUUCUAGUACAGGCAAAGAUUAGCGAUGAUAAUGAUGAUUCCAGUAUAUCUGAUGCAGUUGACGAAGUCGAGAACGACGGCAAACGACGAACUCAUGGAAAAGGGGCCAUCCGCAGCGGGGGAGCACGGUAUAGCAGGGACGACGACGACGACGACGAUUGGGAUUGAAAAGGGGUAUUUACUGCCUUCUAACCCUUAUAUUCACGAGAUCUUAUGCCACAAUAUGCGCGGAGCUUCUAGCCUAGAGCAUAAGGCCCAGGAUUCGUUUGUUGAGACAUAUAGCUUGGUUGUGGCUGCUCACUGGGUGCACAUUUUACAAAUGGCUGUCCUGAAAUUGAAACGAGGUGCUGUGGGUUUCACGUUCUCCCAACCCUUGACCAUUUAGACAGCUUUCCACUAAGCAUUGGAAGCCGCAUUUCGAGUGGAACAGAUAUAAUGAUCACUGUAGUCGCAUAAGUAUGAGCUUGCUUGCUUGCAAGUAUGGAAAUGAACAGAUCCCAUAGCAUUUUCAUUUGCUGUGGCUGAUACCAGAGAGGACUAAACUUGUUGUGUACUAAAGCUUUGAAAACCUGGCCAAGCCUCG